UAUAUCUGAUCCAGCACUAGGAACAUUUACAUUAGUGAAAGAAAGUGUUGGAGGAAACAUUCAGAGAAAUAUCAAAGUCAGUCAAACGUAGACCAUCUACUGGUUAACAUGGUUGAUCAUCAAAGUAGAUUUUAUCUAUAAUAAACUUUUACAUUGCUUUUAUAAACUCUAGAACAUGAAGACUUUAAUGAAGGAAUCUAAGUUUUUUAAAUACUUGAUAAAAAAGUAUAAGCAAAGAAAUGAAAUAAAUUUUGUGAAUUAAUUAAAGAAUCAGUGAAAAGAUGUAUACGUUUCUUUGUGCAAACUGUGUUAUAAGAAUAUAAAACUUUAUUAUUAUAUUGUGGAAAACUGAAAUAUUAAAAAGAAAUUAUUAUAAUAGAUAAAUAAAAGAUGUUUUAUCCGCAAAGAAUGAUAAGACAAAUAUCAGAAAUUUCCUAUGUGGGAAGUUUCAAACUGAUCAGGAUGACGACUAAUCAAGAAGGAGAGACUGGAAUAACUAUUCCUUUACAAUAUAAUGAUGCUCAUUGGAAAUCUAUUUUUGAAAAAUAUGACCUAGAUGAAGAUGGAAAGAUCUCUUAUCAAGAAUUGAAGGCUAUGAUACGAGCUUCUGCAUAUUCCAACGAUAUUCCUGCUAAUGUUGUCCGUAUAAUAAUGCGUAAAGCUGAUUUAGAUGAUUCUGGAUAUUUAGAAUAUCCAGAAUUUAUAGCUAUGAUACAUAGGAAAGAUAUGCAAGGAGUAUUUGGUCAUCUUGUACAACGUUAUGUACAUUCAAUGGUGCCUCAAAGACCAAUUGCUGUACAAUAUUCUACUCAAACUUCUAGUGAUAUCCCUGAUGGUCAAUACGAAGAAGAAUAUAGUUGUAGACCACCUGCUGUGGCAAUGAUAAUCAUAUCGAUAUUAGAGAUUAUUUUAUUUUUAUAUGAUGUAGUUGAACAUAAGUCUCUUUCCAUGGAUGGACCAGCAGCAACUUUAUUUAUUUAUGAUCCUCACAAAAGAUACCAAGCAUGGAGGUAUUUGACAUAUAUGUUUGUUCAUAUCGGAGUUCUACAUUUGGUCGUUAACUUAUUGGUGCAAAUUAUGCUAGGCAUACCUUUGGAAAUGGUUCAUAAAUGGUGGAGAGUAUUAAUUAUAUACAUAGCAGGAGUGAUAGCUGGAUCUCUUGGAACUUCGGUUUCAGAUCCUACUGUUUAUUUAGCAGGAGCAUCCGGUGGUGUGUAUGCAUUAAUUACUGCACAUGUAGCAACGAUACUGAUGAAUUGGUCAGAAAUGGAAUUCGCUGUCCUUCAAUUAUUAGUGUUCCUAGUUGUAACUACAGUUGACGUAGGUCAAGCAAUAUAUAGUCGUUACGUUGUAGUAGAAUCCAACAAUCAGAUUGGUUAUGUAGCUCAUUUGGCUGGAGCUGUAGCUGGACUUCUUGUUGGUAUAAAUGUCCUUCGUAAUCUGGAAGUAAAAACUUGGGAAAAAGUCGUUUGGUGGGCCAGUAUUGUUACAUACACAGUACUUAUGACGGCAGCUAUUUUGUGGAAUAUUUUAUAUCCGUCUUAUUAUGAAAAAUUAUAAAAAUAGAAUAAUGCUUUUUAUAUAUAUAUAUAAAUAUAUAUAUAUAUAUAUAAAACGACUAUUGUAAUAUUUCAAUUAAAAUUGUUCAAAAAAUGUGAGUAAUCAAGAAUCAGUACAAAGUGCAUAUACUGCGUAGGGGAAAAAGAAAUAAAAAAAAAAAAAAGAAAAAAAAAUUCCUUUUUAUACGGAAUUUUAUGCGAGAAAUAUUUUAUAAUAAAACUAUUAUAAAUUGUUCAAGUUUGAAGUUGAUCGAUUACGACAUGUUAGAGAAGCACAAACAUAUUUAUGAACAAAAUUAAUUCGCUUUAAUGACUUCCUGUAUUAUGGAUAUAUAUAUAUAUAUAUAUCAUUUAAGAUGAACACACAAUUACAAGAUCUACUGUGAUAUACAAUGUUAUCAUGAUGAGCAUUGUGAAACAAGUAAUCACUUACUAUCAUUACAAAUUUCUUAUUGCGUUUCCUGUGGUGAAGUUAAUGUAUUAUUUAUCUCUCUACAAUCAAUUUUGCGUAUUGCACAUGUGAGAGCGCUACCUCUUCUGUUUAUAUAUCGCUUGUACAAGCAUAUUAUUACUCUUGAAUUUUUAUACACACAAAAAUACAUUUUGUGUAACAAACUGCUAUAAAAAAGUAAAUUAUUAAUUUGAUCUAUUAUAUCAUAUGAACAUAUGAAAAACACUUAUAUAUAGAAUAA